CAAGAAAAGCAUGAGCAGCAGCAGCAGAAGCGUGCCUCUGCAGGCAGCCCCUCUCCUGUUCCCCCGCUGCUGAGUAAUGCUGCCUCCAGGAGCACCGCUUUCGACAGUUUGCCGCCUUACACCGAUGUGGUUAUUGUGGGAGCAGGACCAACAGGCCUUACGUUAGCGCUGUCUCUUGCACUUCAAGGUGUCUCCUUUGUGCUUCUGGAUGCGGCUCCUCAUCCGCCUUCCGAAAGCAGAGCGUUGACAGUUCAUGCACGGACCCUGGAAAUUCUCGAGGACCUGGGAGUGGCUUCCAGCUUUUUGACCCUGGGGCUUCGCUGCAGGGCUAUCGAGCUGUGGGUUAGCGGCAGGAAGGCGCUUUCUGUCCCUUUGAGUUUGAUGGAGUCUGCAGCAGUUCCCGUGCGCGUGCCCCCUUUGAAAGCCUUUGCCUCUCUGGCAGGAGCUCGGGGAGGCGCAGGCGACAGCUCGGAGACUGCUGCAGCUUGCAGCAGCGGCACACCCUUCCCCUUUGUUCUCAUCCUGCCGCAAGCGACAACUUGUCAGAUACUGGAGCAGCGCCUCAAUCAGCUGGGGCACAAGGUUCAUCGGGCCGUUGCCGUGUGGCAGGUCCAAGGCUUCUCCACGGACGAACCUGCCUCCUUCCCCGUCGAGCAGAAGAAGCAGCAGCAAGAGCAGCAGCAACAGAAAAGCGUGCAGCAGGAGGCAACAGCAAGAACCCCCUCGCGCGAGGACUCGAGCGGCAGCUCUUUUCGCUCGCCUCACGAAGGUUUGGAGCAAGCGGAUGCUGAAACGCUGGAGGGGCAGCAAACUCCGCAGCAGGAUGAGACUCCUCCUCUGCCUCCUCAGCACCAGCAAGAGCAGCAGCAGCAAGAGCAGCAGCAGCCAUCGUUUCCCUUAUUUGCGGCCGACGGCGAAACGCCUCGGCAGGAGAGCUCCGCAGUGCGGAAGGCAGGAGGUAUUUCUUUCGAGGGCAAGAUGGAUCCACGUUCCUUCUUCGUGGCAGACGUACAAAUCACCCCCACUCUGCCCUCCAGCGGCAGUUCAACUGUCUCCUCUUCCCCCUCCCCCUUGAUUGCCGCUGCCGCAUCUCCUGCCAUGACGACCUCAGCUUCUCCGUCUCCAGAGCCCAACGGAGACUCCCUCGAAGCGGAGAGCUGCCAAUGGCUCCCGUGCAGCGGCCUGGCAAUGCCUGGAGGCGGCUUGUGGGGAGACGGGCUGCUUUCUGGUUUGCGUAGACGCUUGCAUGCAGCGGCAGAAGCGGCCCUUGAGCCUGGGGAAGCCGAGAGAGCGCGUCUCAUGGCUUUAGGAAGGCGAUCUGCGGCGGGUGACACUGCAGAACUGCACUUCACACCCAAGGGGUUCGCUGUGUGUAUCCCCAUGUUGAUUUCCUCGUCAGCAGCGGACGUUGGCAUUGCAGCGGAAACACGCGGCAGCAACGGCAGCGCCAGCCGACGGCAGCAACUGCUGCUGCAGCAGCGCAGCAUUCGGCCGGUAGAAAAUGCGCAGUUUCGCUGGAGGGUUGUCAUGGAGAAGCCUUCCUCGGCAGCCAAUUCUGUAAGGCCCUCAACCUCGCCGUAUACAGACGCUGCGACAGCCGCUGCUGCCGCGACAGCCGCUGCUGUUGCUGCCGAGGGGGAGAGCGAACGAACGUGCAGUCCAGCAAGGCGGCAAGGAAGUCAGGCGCAGUGUCAGGCAGAGCUGCUGGAGCAGUUUGAGCGCAGCGCCUACAACUUGGGGUGGAAGCUGGCCCGCGUACUUCGCCUAGGUGCAGCAACACAGCUUCUGGACUCGUAUGCGGAGGAGACGAGACAUGCGGCGCGCGUCCUCUCCCGGCUCCUUCUUCGCAUGGCUGCCCCGCUAGCGCUGCAUUUGCCUGGCACGGCGAGGAGCUUGCGACAGACAAUUCUGAUGACACACAUUUCUUACCCGCAUCCAAGCGUGGCACUGGGGUGUGCUGACAUGUCCUUCAUGUCGGGAUUGAAGCCGGGAUGCAGGAUUCCAGACUGUCUCGUCAAAGUAGCGAGAAUCCCACGGGUGAACGCAGCAGAUCUGCCGGAUCCGGUAGCUGGCUACCUCUUUGAGCUGCUGGGAAAGGGUCGUCAUCUGCUGUUGCUGCACGUCAUGCUUCUCCCCCUGGGGGCAAGGAAGCAGAACAUCUUUGGAUGCGAAAUCGCGGGAGCACCGCUUGUUUCCCGCUACAACAACGAGGCAGUGAGCACUUUAUCCCGCCUCUGCCAACUUGCUGUGUUGGCCUCUGCCAAGUCUGCAGGGGGGCAUCAUGCCUCCUUCACGGAUGGCACGGUUCACCGCGUCUCACCGUCAGCGCCUUCCCUGUUUGCUUCCCAGAGCCUUGCUGCUCCCUUUUCUGCGGCGUAUUUUGCUGAUUACCCCGAGGGUGCAGUCAGGGAGGGGGGAAAGAUGGGCAGCAAAGACUUAAGGGGCUCCAGUUUCUCGGAUCCAGAGGACGAGCCAAGCGAGGCAGACCAAGGCAGUGACUUCGACGAUGAGAGUUCCUUUUCUAGAGAGGGGACAAGCCGCUUGAGCUCUCUAGGUGGUCCUCGCAUCCAUGCUGCUGCUGCAGGAGAGAGGCUUUUACGUCGUCACACGGCAUAUCCUCGUGCUCGCGCAUUGGCGGCAGCAACGGGGAAGCAGCUGUGGGCUUCCAAUCUCCGCGUAGUCUGGUGUUUCCACGGCGAAACAGCGGCUCUGCACACCACUGCGACAUCCACCAGCAUAACCUCGGAAAUUAUUCGUGGCAACUCGCGCGGCUCGCUCCCCGCCAAAAGCCAUUCAGUGCUAUUGCCUCAUCAGCCCCAUUUCCAGUCAGGCCCUGCGCAUGCAGCCUCCGCUCCUUGUGGAGUCGUGUCACAUGCUCUUUCCAAGGGGAAGGCAGAAGAAUACCACCUCGUGCAGCGCCCGCUGAUGCAGCUGCUGCCCCCAGCUCUCGUGCAGCAGAUGCAGCAGGCUAGCGGCGGCGGCAGGGAAACCUCAGGAUUUGUGCUUAUCGACUUUCUGGGAGACUUACAGAGCAAAUUCGGGUUGUGUCUCUCAGACCCUCACGCGUCUGAUGGAGCGGAGGGCAGCUGCGGCUUUUCCCUCAUACGCCCUGAUGGAUAUCUGGCUCACUGUGGAAAGGCUGGCGAUACAAAAGCUGCCAGGGGCCUUCUGGACUACCUCAUUAGAUUCUAG